CCUCUAUUCUCUCCUUUUCAUUUCUCUCCUUUCUCCAUUUUUCUUUGUCUUUUCUCUUUCUCCUCCUAAAAAAAAAACCCAUUCCUACUUUCUUACCAUAUGAGUCGUUACUUACCAAACCGAUUGAUUUAGGUUUUGUCAUUCUAUCAACAACCCAAAAACCAGAUCUCUAAAGAAUCCGAGUAUGAUGGAGCAAGAGAGUGUAAAGAAUGUUGGGGGUUGUUAGUGUUGAGUAGAGCACUAGUAGUCAGACAGACAACGCAAAUCUGGAUUCUCCGUGAUCUUCGUUGACCGUUAUAGAUAUAUAUAUUUUUUGGUUUUUUGGCCAACCCUAUCUCUCCUUUUACAUUUGGCACGGAAGGAAAAUACUGGAGAGUGGAUACGGCCUUUCAGACAAACCCAUAAAAACCCUAUUUUGUUAUGCACUUACAGAUCAACGGUCACUGAUCCCUACACUAGCAAGUUAGAGAGAGAGAGAGAGAGAGAGAAGAUACAGAGAUAAAAGAGGGUUUUAUUGUAAAAUAUGCCAGCCGGAUUAAUGAUUCCGGUGAGAAACAUGCCGUCGAUGCUGGGGAGUAAUGGGAGUAUCGGUGAAUUUGGAUCAGCUUCAAGAUUGUCUCUUGGUCAGCCAAACAUGAUGGACCCUGGUCAGCUUCACCAACUAGAGAUGAUCCAAAACGCAUCCGAACUCGAACUCGCUCGACUCCGAGACGAAGACUUCGACAGCACCACCAAAUCUGGCAGCGAAAACCAAGAAGGCGGCGCCUCCGGUGACGACCAAGAACAACAACCACCCAAGAAGAAACGCUACCACCGCCACACUCAACACCAGAUCCAAGAAAUGGAAGCAUUUUUCAAGGAGUGUCCACAUCCAGACGAUAAGCAAAGGAAGGAGCUGAGCAGGGAAUUAGGGUUAGAGCCAUUACAAAUCAAAUUUUGGUUCCAAAACAAGCGCACCCAAAUGAAGACUCAACAUGAGCGCCAUGAGAACUCUCAACUUCGAGCUGAGAAUGAGAAGCUUCGAUCCGACAAUAUGCGGUACCGAGAAGCCUUAAGCAAUGCUUCAUGUCCAAAUUGUGGUGGCCCUACUGCCAUUGGUGAAAUGUCCUUUGAUGAACAUCAUCUCAGGCUCGAAAAUGCCCGAUUCAGAGAAGAGAUUGAUAGGAUUUCAGCCAUUGCUGCAAAGUAUGUGGGGAAGCCAGUGGCCAGCUACCCACAUAUGUCUUCAUCAGUUCCUCCUCGUCCACUUGAACUUGGAGUUGGAAAUUAUGGAGGACAAGGGGUCAUUGGAGGGGAAAUGUUUGGAGGAGCUGGAGACUUGCUAAGGUCACUUGGUGCACCUAAUGAGCAUGAUAAGCCCAUGAUAAUCGAGCUUGCCGUUGCAGCCAUGGAGGAAUUAAUGAGGAUGGCUCAAAUGAAUGAACCCUUGUGGAUGACUAGCAUUGAUGGUUCUGCUACUAUGCUUAAUGAAGAUGAAUACCUUAGGACAUUUCCUCGGGGGAUUGGCCCGAAACCUACUGGUUUCAGAUAUGAGGCAUCGAGAGAAACUGCUGUUGUUAUAAUGAACCACAUUAGCCUUGUCGAGAUUCUAAUGGAUGUGAGUCAGUGGUCAACUGUGUUCUCUGGCAUUGUCUCAAGAGCCAUGACAUUGGAGGUGCUGUCAACGGGAGUUGCAGGGAAUUACAAUGGAGCCUUGCAAGUGAUGACAGCAGAAUUUCAACUUCCUACACCGCUUGUUCCAACUCGUGAUAGUUACUUUGUAAGGUAUUGUAAGCAACAUCAAGAUGGAACUUGGGCAGUCGUCGAUGUAUCCUUGGACAAUAUACGCCCCAGUCCAAUUUCAAGGUGCCGAAGGAGGCCAUCCGGUUGCUUGAUUCAAGAAAUGCCUAAUGGAUACUCAAAGGUUAUGUGGGUUGAACAUGUAGAAGUGGAAGAUAAAGGUGUCCACAAUUUAUACAAGCAACUAGUUAGCUCAGGGCACGCCUUUGGUGCAAAACGUUGGGUGGCUACACUGGAUCGACAGUGCGAAAGGCUUGCAAGUGUAAUGGCGACAAACAUUCCCACCGGUGAUGUUGGAGUUAUCACAAAUCAAGAUGGCAGGAAGAGUAUGUUGAAGUUGGCAGAGAGGAUGGCUAUUAGCUUUUGUGCAGGAGUCAGUGCCUCCACUGCUCACACAUGGACAACUUUAUCUGGCACCGGAGCUGACGAUGUUAGGGUCAUGACCCGAAAGAGUGUAGAUGAUCCCGGAAGGCCUCCAGGGAUUGUUCUAAGUGCUGCAACUUCCUUCUGGCUUUCUGUUCCACCAAAGGGAGUCUUUGAUUUCCUUCGCGAUGAGAAUUCCCGUAGUGAGUGGGACAUUUUAUCAAAUGGUGGAGUAGUUCAAGAAAUGGCACACAUUGCCAAUGGCCGGGAUACUGGCAACUGUGUGUCUCUACUUCGAGUAAAUAGUGCAAAUUCAAGCCAGAGCAACAUGCUGAUUUUACAAGAGAGUUGCACUGAUCCAACAGCUUCAUUUGUCAUCUAUGCACCGGUUGAUAUUGUUGCAAUGAACGUGGUUCUCAACGGUGGAGACCCGGAUUACGUGGCCCUUCUCCCUUCGGGAUUCGCAAUUUUCCCCGACUCAACUACUGCUAUCAAUGGAGAAACCAUAGGUGGUGAGGCUGGUUCUGGUGGUUCUCUGCUAACUGUCGCGUUUCAGAUUUUGGUUGAUUCUGUUCCAACAGCAAAACUCUCUCUGGGCUCUGUUGCUACUGUCAACAACUUGAUUGCUUGCACUGUGGAGAGGAUCAAGGCUUCUUUGUCAUGCGAGAAUGCAUGAACUUUUCAAUCCUAUGUUAUAAACUAUCGACUGAAGAAUAAAAAAGAGGGAAGAAGAUGAGUUUUGAGAAGAGUAGAAGUCAAGAGCGCACCUUACAUGAUCCUUAUGAUUAAGUCAUGGUUUAUGAGUGUUUUGGGGCAGAAUUCUGUCCUGCACAUGUCAUCAUAUGUGUGCAGGGGAUUAGAGGUUCGGGAAUUGACUUCAACACAACAAAGGAUGUUUUAACUUUCUAGUUAGGGGUUCUUGUGUGCAAGAAGGAAUUUUAGUACUAUCAAACCCUUUUUUUUUCCUUCUUCAGUUGUUGUUUUGUAUGUUUUGAAGCAACGGUUGGUGGAAAUUAUUACAACUGCUAGCUAGCAUACAUUUGUUUCCUUUUUUCCCCGAUCCAACUUCAGUACUUUUCAAGUGGAUUUGUUUUAUUA